AUGGGCUACUCCGAGAUAUACUGCGCGCUCUGCGGCAUCAGCUUCAACAUGGCACGUAUCAGAACGGCCGACGAGCCUGAUGAAGCCGCAUGGUCAACGUACGGCCCAGCAGGAUGGAUUAAUCCUCUUGGGCGUGACAACGACGAGUGUUCCACCGAGGAAACAGGCUGUUUCUAUGUCAUCCGGAAUUGCGAGUGGUUCAAGCACGGUGUCAGCGAAGGCAUGAAGUCCGAUCUCUGGGGCACGAUGUUCUUCGACUACGAGCCGGGAAAGAUCCCCAAGGUCGGAGACAGAUUGCCCAUGGCCGAGCCAGUGAUCGAACUAGAUGGUCGAAUUGGGCUACAAAAGCAAGACCUCGAGCAUGUCGCCGGGCCUGGGUGUAGCCUUGAUGAUGGAUACCUCGGGCAUCAUAUUUCCGUGGAAGAAAUGCGUUAUUGCCAAACUGCUCAGGGGCUUGCCCUGAAAAAAGAUGACUGGCAGCCUCAGUCAGAUGAUCAUCCAGCCGAGUUGCAGAGUAAAUACUUCCUGACAGGCCUAGCAGAUGGCAUGCCCGAUAUCGAGAUGGGUCCAACUGGUGUCAGUCCCGUGAGGCACGGUGUUAGUGAGCUUGAUUCCGCGGAUCCGUUUGGUCAUUGCUAUGAUGAUGAUUACAAUCAACCGUCAUUUCAUCCAUCCUGUUUCGCCAUCUUCAUGAAGCUCAGCCGUCUUCGUUUUGGCCACGUCGAGAUUGACGGUCUAAUGGAGUAUUUCGCGGCUCUUGCCAGCGUAGGUCACGAAAUUCCAGAUGAACUGUGUGAUCCCGACGCCGCAGCAGGCAUGGAUCAAUGGUGGGAUCAUAACCGCGGGGCAGAAUGGCUCGCUGCCAAUCCAUUCUAUGUACCACGUUUACGAGAAAUCUUCAAACAGGCCAUGGACACCGAGCCCUCCUUCAGUCAGCAGGAUUCCGUCUUUAAAGCCGGCCCUCUGGAUUCUGGCUCUGAAGACACCAAUGAACCCUUUGCCCGACUCCCACCCGAGCUGCGAAAUAUGAUCCUCGAUUCUCUUGACCCGAAGGACAUUGCAUCAUUGCGCCUUGCCUCGCGCACCUUCUACGAUCUUCCCGCGUCUCUAUUUCACAGUCUCAUUAAAAAGGAAAUGCCCUGGCUAUGGGAAGUUUGGGACAAUGAGCCGCCAUUCUUCUGGGCUACCGUUAAUGAAUCAGACAUCAGGGCUAACGGGAUCAUGGAUGGUUCAAGCAAUGAAGAGUCUCGGGUGAUAGGGCACAAUAUUGACGUCCAAGAACAUUUGCGUCAGUGGACAUUGCCGAAACCACUGGUCUCCACUACGAAUUGGUACAUCAUCUAUCGUGACAUCAAGAAGCAUUGGACCGACUUGAAAGGACUGCGCAACCGGAGACGCAUCUGGACCUGGCAAGGGGGGAAAGGGGGAAUUCUUGAUGGAUUGGCGCAGCAUUUAGACAAGGGACUGGACUGA